GAUUCUUGUAAUAACCUUUUCUCUCACACCAUUAUACAUAUAGAGAGAUAGAAGUGAGAGAAAUUUGUGUCACAUGCCAUGUGAACAGCUGUGUGCACCCACCUCCCUCCCCUCUCUUCCUUAAACAAAAUAAUGCUCAUAAUUUCACUAUAUAUCUCCCUUACCUUCCUUACUUCGGCUUUUGACUCCCCUUUCAGUUUUCACCUCUCUCUCUCUCUCUCCUCAAAACUGACCAAUCCACUUUCAGUCCUCUCCCUCUCUGAGAAAUGGGAGAAGCAAAACUGCAGCUCAACUGCUAAACCCAAAAUCCACCAUACACAUCUCUCUCCUUGAAGAUGAAAGCCGACACCAAUCUCUUCCCCCACCGCAGCCGACGCCAAGCUCUCCUCCUCUUCCUUCUCCUCCCCUUCCUCUCCUCCGCCGCCGAGAACAGCAACCUCGUGCGCGACUCCCAGCAGCUCAUCUCCUUCAAAAACUCCCUCUCCGACCCCACCCAGCUCCCUUCAUGGCUGCCCACCAUCUCCCCCUGCAACUUCCACGGCGUCUCCUGCAACUCCUCCCGCGUCUCCUCCAUCGACCUCUCCAACUCCCACCUCGACACCGACUUCUCCACCGUCGCCACCUUCCUCCUCUCCCUCCAAACCCUUCAGUUCCUCACUCUCCAAAACUCCAACAUCUCCGGCUCCAUCUCCGCCGCCGCCAGACUCCCCUGCGGCGCCGCCCUCACCUCACUAGAUCUGUCCCAAAACUCCCUCUCCGGCCCCAUUUCCGACCUCCCCGCCCUCGCUGCCUGCCCCGCCCUCGCCUUCCUCAACCUCUCCGCAAACUCCAUCGACCCACUCCCCCACUCCCCACCACGCGCCGCCGCAAUCCCCUCCCUAAAAACCCUCGAUCUCUCCCACAACAACAUCUCCGGCGACACCUCCGCCGCAUGGCUCCUCUCCGCCGCCGCAUUCCCCUCCCUGCAGCACCUCUCACUCCAAUUCAACAACCUCGCCGGAAUCCUCCCCGAAUUCAGCUCCAAGAACCUCGCGCAUUUGGAUCUCGCUAGAAACAACAUCUCCGGCAAUUUCCCCAAAUUCAGCGACUGCUCGAGCUUGCAGCACCUCGAUUUAUCCUCCAACAGAUUCUCCGGCGACGUCGGCGGCUCCCUCUCCUCGUGCCGGAGCCUCGCCUUCCUCAACCUCACCGACAACCGCCUCACCGGCGCCCUCCCUUCGCUGCCGUCCGCCGGCGCCCUGCAGUAUCUAUACCUCCAGAAAAACGACUUCCAAGGGGUCGUCUCACCGUCACUCUCCGAUUCCUGCGCAACCCUAAUUGAAUUGGAUCUCUCCUUCAACAACUUCACCGGCUCCUUGCCGGAAACCCUCGCUGCAUGUUCUGCUCUGACUCUCCUCGAUGCCUCCAACAACAACUUCUCCGGCGAAUUGCCCGUCUCAGCACUCUUAAAAAUGAGCAAUUUGAGAAAUCUGGUGCUGUCCUUCAACAAUUUCGUCGGAAAUUUGCCGGACUCCUUGUCGAAGCUGCAGAAUUUGGAGGUUUUGGAUGUGAGUUCCAACAAUAUCUCCGGCUUGAUCCCUGCUACGCUGUGUGGGGAAGAUGGUACGAGCAGCUUGAGGACGUUGUACCUUCAAAACAACAUGUUCACAGGUACAAUCCCGCAAAGCCUGAGCAACUGUUCGAAUUUGGUAUCACUUGAUCUUAGCUUCAAUUACUUGAGUGGCACAAUUCCCGCUAGUUUGGGAUCUUUAUCUGGUUUGAAGGAUGUGAUCUUGUGGUUGAAUCAGCUCCACGGUGAAAUCCCACAAGAGUUUAUGUAUUUGCAGAGUUUGGAGAAUCUGAUUCUUGAUUUCAAUGAUUUGAGUGGUUUGAUCCCUGCUAGCCUUAGCAACUGCACUAGGUUGAACUGGAUUUCGCUGUCGAAUAACAAUCUCUCCGGUGAGAUUCCGGCCUCGUUGGGGCGGCUAGGCAACCUAGCUAUCUUGAAGCUUGGCAACAACUCGUUAUCCGGGAGCAUCCCCGGGGAGUUGGGCGAUUGCCAGAGCUUGAUUUGGCUUGACUUGAACACGAACUACCUCAAUGGCAUGAUCCCGCCUGCUCUGUUCAAGCAAUCGGGCAACAUUGCUCAGGCCAUGCUCACGGGGAAGAGCUACGUGUACAUCAAGAACGACGGGAGCAAGCAGUGCCACGGGGCUGGCAACCUGCUCGAGUUUGGGGGGAUUAGGGCGGAGCAGCUCAAUAGGAUCUCGACUAGGCACCCGUGCAACUUCACCCGGGUGUAUAAGGGCAUCACGCAGCCUACAUUUAACCACAAUGGAUCGAUGAUCUUCCUUGAUCUAUCGUAUAAUGUGUUGGAGGGGAGCAUACCCAAAGAGCUUGGGACGAUGUUCUACUUGUCAAUAUUGAAUAUGGGGCACAACGACCUCUCCGGCCCAAUCCCUCAGGAGCUAGGCCAUUUGAAGAAUGUUGCCAUUCUUGAUCUGUCCUACAAUAGGCUCAAUGGCACCAUCCCACAGUCGUUGACGGGGCUCACAUUGCUCGGCGAUAUUGAUCUCUCGAACAACAAUCUGUCCGGGGUUAUACCCGAAUCAGCGCCCUUUGACACCUUCCCGGAUUACAGAUUUGGCAACAAUUCGGGGCUGUGUGGUUACCCUCUUCCCUUGUGUGGAGGCGGGGUGGGGGCUGGAGGGGGCUCAGGCCAGCAUGCCAAGUCACAUAGGAAGCAAGCCUCGCUUGCAGGGAGCGUGGCGAUGGGGCUGCUGUUUUCGUUGUUUUGCAUAUUUGGUUUGAUCAUUGUGGCCGUGGAGACGAAGAAGAGGAGGAAGAAGAAGGAGGCAGCCCUUGAGGCGUACAUGGAGAACCACUCGAACUCGGCCACAUUGCAGAGCAACUGGAAGCUCAGCGCGCGCGAUGCCCUGAGCAUCAAUCUCGCCACGUUUGAGAAGCCGUUGAGGAAGCUGACGUUCGCUGACCUCCUAGAGGCCACCAACGGCUUCCACAAUGACACAUUGAUAGGGUCCGGUGGCUUCGGGGACGUGUACAAAGCGCAGCUGAAGGACGGGAGUGUUGUCGCCAUCAAGAAGCUCAUACACGUGAGCGGGCAGGGUGACCGGGAGUUCACGGCCGAGAUGGAGACAAUCGGGAAGAUCAAGCACCGGAACCUCGUCCCCUUGCUUGGGUACUGCAGGGUGGGCGACGAGCGCCUCCUCGUGUACGAGUACAUGAAAUAUGGCAGCCUCGAGGACGUGCUCCAUGAUCGGAGGAAGGCGGGGAUCAGCCUCAACUGGUCCGCAAGGAGGAAGAUUGCGAUUGGGGCGGCCCGGGGCUUAGCGUUUCUCCACCACAACUGCAUUCCGCACAUCAUUCACCGGGACAUGAAGUCGAGCAACGUGCUCCUCGACGAGAACCUCGAGGCGAGGGUUUCGGAUUUUGGGAUGGCAAGGCUGAUGAGCGCGAUGGACACACACUUGAGCGUGAGCACCCUGGCCGGCACCCCGGGGUACGUCCCCCCGGAGUACUACCAGAGCUUCCGUUGCUCGACCAAAGGCGACGUCUACAGCUACGGGGUCGUGCUGCUCGAGCUCCUCACAGGGAGGCAGCCCACGGACUCCCCAGACUUCGGGGACAACAAUCUCGUCGGGUGGGUGAAGCUCGUUGCCAAGACGAGGGUGAGCGACGUCUUCGACCCGCUCCUCCUCAAGGAGGACCCGGCACUCGAAAUCGAGCUGCUGCAGCAUCUGAAGGUCGCGUGCGCGUGCCUGGACGACCGCCCGUGGAAGCGCCCCACGAUCAUCCAAGUCAUGGCCAUGUUUAAGGAGAUCCAGGCGGGGUCCGGCCUCGACUCGACCUCCUCCAUCGCCAUAGACGACGACACCUUCACCACCGUCGAAGGGGUGGGGAUGAGCAUCAAGGAAGGCAAUGAGCUUAGCAAGCAUUUGUGAUGAUCAUGGAUUCUUUGUGGAGAUGCUGAUGAAUGCCAGCUUCUUCAGCUCUCAAAAUUUUCCCCUCAAGAAAAUGGUAUAGACUUGUACUUGUGCCUGAGAUUGUUGUACGUAGCUAGUAGCAGAAAAAAAAAAUAUUGUUAUUACACAUAAAAAGGGAUGUUGUUUAACUUGUAACAAAUGUUGUACAGAUAUAGUUUGAGUUUGUUAUGAAUCUUUUUACAGUUCUUUUCUUUCA